UGCAUUUUUUCAUCGGUUUCCAUCGCACCUCUAAUGGCACGGCUUUUCUCCGCAAGAAUGACUUCAUUGACCAGUGUGCAGAGCAGAAUCAAAUUGACUGAUGGCCACACCAUCCCUUGCGUAGGCUUUGGUGUGUAUAAUAUGAGGCCCGGUAAAGAAACCGAGCAAUCGGCAUUGUGUGCUUUGAAGGCCGGAUAUCGUCACCUCGAUACCGCCAAUAUAUAUGGUAACGAGAAAAGCGUAGGAGACGCCAUCAAAAAGAGCGGUAUUCCGCGCGAAGAGCUUUUUGUUACCACGAAAUUAUGGGAUAACAUGCAAGGUUAUGAUAAUGCUAUCAAGGCGUUGGAAUCCAGCCUUUCAAAAUUGGGAUUGGACUAUGUUGACCUUUAUCUCAUUCACAGCCCCAAUCCGGGCAAGGAGAAACGCUUAGCUACGUGGAAGGCUAUGGAAAAACUCCAACGCGAUGGAAAAAUUAGAAGCAUUGGUGUUUCCAAUUACGGGGUGCACCAUAUCCAAGAGUUGCCCGAUAAUGGAUACAGUCUGCCCGCUGUGAAUCAAAUUGAGAUCACGCCGUAUCUUGCACGACCCAAGAUAGUGGAGUAUUGUCAGAAGCACGGCAUUCAAAUCGAAGCUUAUUCGCCCUUGACCAUGGGCACCAAGCUUUCAGAUCCCAAACUAAAAAAGAUAGCGGACAAAUACAACCAGCAACCCGCCAAUAUUCUCAUCCGAUGGUCCGUGCAACACGGCUAUGUGCCUCUUCCCAAGAGUGUCACUAAGGAACGCAUAUUGAGCAAUAUGGAUGUCUUUUCAUUUGAAAUAUCCAAGGAAGAUAUGGAAACCCUAGACGGUUUUGACGAACAUCACGUCACAGAAUGGGAUCCCACCGUUUCCGCCUAAACAAAACCCACUCUCUUUUCUGCUUCUUUCAUGCAAUAAUAAAGAUACGCACAAACGCACAAA